UCGACGAUCCGCGCCCCGGCCUCGGACGGAGGUCUUGCGAAUUCAAUGAGCAGCAUUAACAGCUGAUCACAUUGCACAUGUGUUUCUAUCCAUAAUCAGCCGGGUUAUUAAACAAGUAUAACCAUGCCAAGCACAACCACUUAGCCUAUCCUCUAUCCUGAGGAUGUUUACCUUCCACGAAUCCGCUGCCGUUCACGCCGGACUCCUUUUGCAACUCGUUCCGGUUAACUAUCAGGACCAACAGUUGUGCUACGCACAAUGUCCUGUUAACUGCAUAAAGGCUCCGGUAGGCACACCUCCAAAUUUGAACAUCCGGAGUAAACAGUGCUUUCAACGUGCCAAUCUAUGAUGGGUACUACUAGUUCUAUACUUCAAUGGCACUGCUCCCACUGUCGCGCUAUAAAUACGACUGAAAACACCCGCUGCGUGGCCUGCCGGCAGCCUCGGGCACCUCGUGGGGAUCACGAGCGACCUCCCCCAGCUGUUCCGUCGAGAAAAGAACGUCGCGAUCGACCACCGCAGGGUAAAAUUAUCAGUAGGAGACGAAUUUUGGCCGAAAGCAACAAAAACAAGCUGGGAACUGCUUUAGAAGAACGACACCUGUAUGAUGACGCGGAAGGUUGCGACCCGCCGCCGGUUCCGGCUCACAAAAAAGUCCAGGAUCCGCAACAUGUAUAUGCUGAAGUGGUAGAAGAUGACGAACACGAAUACGACGAGUACGUUAGUUAUGCUAUUCUUGAAUAUCCGGAACCACCACGAUCGACCCAACAGACCGCAGCAGUAACAGACGAACCAAUUUACGGCAUUGUUAAUAAAGUAGGAAAGAAGCCUCCCCCACCCCCGCCGCAUCUUCACGCGGCAGCAUCGGUGUGUAUCAGUCUGAGAAAUGAACCCGAAGCUGUGUACUAUUCGCAAGUGGAAGAUGGCGCGCUACCCUGUCCCGACCUGGAUAUCGACAUCGACAAUCUUCCACCACCUUUGCCCCCACACAAAGAGGAGCUCUCGCUUACAACGGAUGCCCGCAAAUGGUAUUGUCUCAACUGUCGAAUUUGGAAUACGGCACAAGAUUCUUCGUGCGUCUAUUGUGCGAUGCCAUAUAGCGACGAUGUUGUUGCUACUGGAACGGGGCUGCAUUAGCCUAAAACAGAUCCCGACUCGUCGUUGACGUGACUUCAAACUAGGAAUUCAGCAAAAGGACUAAGAAAAUAAUCUAUAACAUAGCGGAAAGUCCGGUUAUAUAUGUAACGAAACAAACCACCUGACCAAAACGGAUUCAAAGAAAAUAAACUAUAUUUGGUUCCAAAAUGUGGCUGUUGUUUGGCAUCGUAUAACCCGUAUAAUAUGAACAAAUUCGACCAUCUAGCCAAAGAAGAAACAACGAUGUAAAUAAAUCAGUUAAUAACGGAUGAACAGAGAAGUACAUCGUACAUGAUCAUAACACUAUCAACGCUUUUUUUUUUGGGUACAUAAAGUAAUGAAAUUUGUAAAUUAUCCACAACUUACAAACGAUAAGUUAGUAGCCUGACGGAACGCAUUGCUGUGCGCGAGAAAAGUUAAGGGACUGAGCAUAUGUUAAGCUGAUUCUGAAGAAGAGCGGCUGGUUUAGUAAAAUCGUGUGGUACUUCUGCUUCAGUUUCAGCAUAACCUGAAACGCAUUAGUUCGUCGAAGGCCAGUCUCUCAUUCAUGCACAUUUAUAGUCACUAUCUAUGUAAAACAAAUGUUUGUUAUUCCUUAUAAUAUAUUAUAUAUCACACCGACCGACCGACUGAGUGGGUUUCUUUUAUCUUCAAAUGAGAAAACAAAUGCCAAACAUAGAAUUCAAUUGAAGUACGUGAGUACUUACAGAACAGAUACUGUAUUAUUACAGUUAAAUAAACGAAAUUCAUAACAAAGCCGCAAGAUACUACCAAUAAAUUCAGCGAUCUUUUAGUUGAAACAAUCUUCUACUAAUUGUGAAAUAAUAAUCAAUUAAAAAAAAAUUAAUAUCAAUAUUACAAC